AUGUUAUGGAAUCCGAAUACUGACUAUUUCACAUUCAAAGUUGUCAACAAACCAUCACCUGAAACUAAAAGAGGUAUAUUAAGUUUAACAAGUUCAAUAUUUGACCCACUUGGCAUCUUAACAUCAUUCAUUUUAGAAGGAAAACUUAUCACCCAAUCAUUGUGGAAAUCCAAAAUACACUGGGAUGAAGAAAUACCAACCGAAGUAAAAACAAGGUGGUUGAGCUGGAGAAGUGAACUGGAGAAACUAUUAUCGAUCAGCAUUCCUCGAUGGCUCAAACUACAAUCCAAUAAUCAGUUGAUUCAACUACAUAUUUUUUCUGACGCUUCAAUCAAUGCAUAUGGUGCUGUCGCAUAUCUACGUAUUCAAGAUACGCAUACCGUCAAUGUAACAUUCGUGAUGGGAAAAUCCAGAGUCGCCCCGUUGAAUCCGAAAUCUCUCACAAUACCAAAAUUAGAAUAA